UUUCGCUUUGGCUUUCGCUUCAGUUGAGCAGAUUAAGCGAACGCGUUGAGUCGUGUUUCCCUCCAUCAAAAAUCAAGAAGUUUUUCACUUUAUACAAAAAGCAAAUGGCGCCUCAUGAUCGUUGCGGUGGCCCACCACGCCGUGGACCCAUCAUCAAUGUGCAGCUCGCACCACGCUGGCCGCGUCGCCAUCAUCACAACAACGUUGUGGUGGUGCAGGCUCCACCGCCACCACCACGUCCAGCGCCCGUUGUUGUGGUGCAGCAGGCGCCACCACCGCCCCGUCCCGCCACCAACGUUGUCGUGGUGCAGCAGCAGCCACCACCACCACCACCAGCCUAUUACCAGCCGCCACCAUCAGAUGGACACUAUCACAAUCCCCCGCCUCGCUACUAAAGCUAGAAGAAGUCGAAGACAAUUUUCAUGAAUUUACGCAGCACAAAUAUUUCGUACCCAUGUAGCCUGAUUAGACACAGCACCUGCACACUCGAUAUACCUCAAAAUAAAAAUAUAUAUGUCUAUAUAUGUAACAUAACUUA